AUGACAGCCACAACGCAUGGCUCUCCAAUAGGAGGGAAUGACAUCCAAGGCCAGGCUCCUGAUGGACAGUCUCAGCCCUCCUUCCAAUAGAGUCAGACCUCAUCAGCUGACUCAUCCAAUGAGAAUUCCCCAGCAACGCCCCCGGAUGAACAAGGUCAAGGUGAUGCUUCACCACAGCACGAAGACGAAGAACCUGCAUUUCCACAUACUGACUUGGCAAAGUAGAAUGACAUGAUCAAUAGGAGAGUUAUGGUUAAGCGUCUGCCUUCGGCUCAGGGGCCUGUGAUUUUAGAAGCUGCUAUUGAUCUCAGUAAAAAAGGUCUUGAUGUUAAAAGUGAAGCAUGUCAGCAUUUUUUUUCGAGAUAGGUAACAGUACCUUUCACUAAAAUUCUUAUGGAUGAGGCAGUGAGUAGCUGGAUAUUUGAAAUUCAUAGGUGUAUUAUUAACAAUACUCAUCGUCUAAUGGAGCUUUGUGUGGCCAAGUUGUCCCAAGACUGGUUUCCACUUCUAGAUCUUCUUGCUGUGGCCUUAAAUCCACAUUGCAAAUUCCAUAUCUACAAUGGUACAUGUCCAUGUGAAUCAGUUUCGACAAAUGCUCAAUUGCCUGAAGAUGAACUAUUUGCUCAUUCUUCAGAUCCUCGAUCACCAAAAGGUUGGCUAGUGGAUCUCAUCAAAAAAUUUGGCACAUUGAAUGGGUUCCAGAUUUUGCAUGAUCGUUUUAUUAGUGGCUCACCUUUGAGUGUUCAAGUAAUUGCAGCCCUUAUUAAACCAUUUGGACGAUGCUAUGAGUUUCUCAGUCAACAUACAUUGAGAAAAUACUUUCUUCCAGUUAGAGAAAUAGUUCCUCAGUUUUUAGAAAAUUUAACUGAUGAAGAAGCAAAGAAUGAAACAAAAAAUGAUGCCUUUUCAAUGAUUAUUAAAUCUCUGCAGAAUUUGGCUUCCAGGAUUCCAGGACAAGAAGAAACAAAAAAUUUAGAAAAUUUUAGGUUGAAAAUGAUACUUAGAUUGUUGCAGAUUUCUUCUUUUAACGGAAAGAUGAAUGCACAGAAUGAAAUUAACAAAGUGAUAUCUAGUGUAUCAUGUUAUACUCAUCGGCAUGGUAAUCCUGAGGAGGAAGAGUGGCUGACAGCGGAUCGAAUGGCAGAAUGGAUACAACAGAACAAUAUCUUAUCCAUAGUGCUGUGAGGUAGUUUUCAUCAACCUCAGUAUGUGGAAAAGCUAGAGAAGAUUCUUCGUUUUGUGAUUAAAGAAAAACCUCUUACCUUACAGGAUCUUGAUAACAUCUGGGCAGCACAGGCAGGGAAACAUGAAGCCAUUGUGAAGAAUGUACACGAUCUGCCAGCAAAGUUGGCUUGGGAUUUUUCUCCUGAACAACUUGAUCAUCUUUUUGAUUGCUUUAAGGCAAGUUGGACAAAUGCAAGUAAAAAGCAACGUGAAAAGCUACUGGAGCUGAUUCGUCGUCUUGCAGAAGAUGAUAAAGAUGGUGUGAUGGCACACAAAGUUUUGAACCUGCUUUGGAAUCUGGCCCAUAGUGAUGAUGUGCCUGUAGACAUCAUGGACUUAGCUCUCAGUGCCCACAUAAAAAUACUAGAUUACAGUUGUUCCCAGGAUCGAGACACACAGAAGAUCCAGUGGAUAGAUCGCUUUAUAGAAGAACUUCGUACAAAUGACAAGUGGGUGAUUCCUGCACUGAAACAAAUAAGAGAAAUUUGUAGUUCGUUUGGUGAAGCACCUCAAAAUUUGAGUCAAACUCAGCAAAGUCCCCAUGUAUUUUAUCGUCAUGAUUUAAUCAACCAACUUCAGCACAAUCAUGCCUUAGUUACUUUGGUAGCAGAAAACCUUGCAACUUACAUGAAUAUUGUUCAACUGUAUGCUAGAGACCAUGAAGACUAUGACCCACAAACUGUGAGGCUUGGAAGUAGAUACAGUCAUGUUCAAGAAGUCCAAGAACGGCUUAACUUCCUUAGAUUUUUAUUGAAGGAUGGCCAACUGUGGCUCUGUGCUCCUCAGGCAAAACAAAUCUGGAAAUGCUUAGCAGAGAAUGCAGUUUACCUUUGUGAUCGUGAAGCCUGUUUUAAGUGGUAUUCCAAGUUAAUGGGUGAUGAACCAGACUUAGAUCCUGAUAUUAAUAAGGACUUCUUUGAAAGUAAUGUGCUUCAGCUUGAUCCCUCCCUGUUAACUGAAAAUGGAAUGAAAUGUUUUGAACGAUUCUUCAAAGCAGUUAAUUGUCGUGAAGGGAAACUAGUAGCAAAAAGAAGAGCCUAUAUGAUGGAUGAUUUGGAACUAAUAGGAUUAGACUACCUUUGGAGGGUUGUGAUUCAGAGUAAUGACGACAUUGCCAACAGAGCUAUAGAUCUCCUUAAAGAGAUAUAUACAAACCUUGGCCCCAGGUUACAGGUCAAUCAGGUGGUUAUCCAUGAAGACUUCAUCCAAUCUUGCUUUGAUCGUUUGAAAGCCUCAUAUGAUACAUUAUGUGUUUUGGAUGGUGAUGAAGACAGUAUUAAUUGUGCAAGACAGGAAGCCAUUCGAAUGGUUCGAGUAUUAACUGUUUUAAGGGAAUACAUAAAUGAAUGUGACAGCGAUUAUCAUGAGGAAAGAACAAUUCUACCUAUGUCAAGAGCAUUCCGUGGUAAACACCUCUCUCUUAUAGUUCAAUUUCCAAACCAUGGCAGACAGGUUGAGGACUUGGACAUAUGGUCUCAUACAAAUGAUACAGUUGGUUCAGUACGACGAUGUAUUCUCAACCGUAUUAAAGCAAAUGUAGCCCAUACAAAAAUUGAACUCUUCGUGGGUGGUGAGCUAAUAGAUUCUGAAGAUGACAGAAAACUAAUAGGACAAUUAAACUUAAAAGAUAAAUCAGUGAUUACAGCUAAACUUACCCAAGUAAGUUCCAAUAUGCUGUCAAGCCCCGACAGUUCUUCUGAUUCUUCAACUGGAUCACCUGGCAACCAUUGUAAUCACUACAGUGAUGGUCCCAAUCCAGAAGUGGAAAGUUGUUUGCCUGGAGUGAUAAUGUCACUGCAUCCCAGAUACAUAGCUUUCCUUUGGCAAAUUGCAGACUUAGGUAGCAAUCUGAAUAUGCCACCUCCUAGGGAUGGAGCAAGAAUACUUAUGAAACUUAUGCCCCCAGAUAGCACAACAGUAGAAAAAUUAAGAGCCAUUUGUUUGGAUCAUGCAAAACUUGGAGAAAAUAACCUUGGACCAUCUCUUGAAUCACUUUUCUUUGGUCCUUCUGCCUCCCGAGUGCUAUACCUAACAGGGGUCGUUUAUGCCUUGUUAAUGCCUGCUAGUGCACCUUUGGCAGAUGAUUCCUCUGACUUUCAACUUCACUUCUUGAAAAGUGGUGGCUUACCUCUUGUACUGAGUAUGUUAACAAGAAAUAACUUCCUGCCAAAUACAGAUACAGAAACUCGAAGGGGUGCUUACUUCAAUGGUCUUAAGAUAGCCAAACUGUUGUUAACUGCCAUAGGCUAUGGCCAUGUUCGAGCUGUAGCAGAAGCUUGUCAGCUAGUUCUAGAAGGUGCAGAUCCCAUAACACUGAUUAAUCAAGUUACACAUGAUCAAGCAGUGGUGCUACAAAAUGCCCUUCAGAUUAUUCUUAAUCCAUCAUCUGAGUGCAUGCUUAGAAAUGUAUCCAUAUGUCUUGCCCAGCAAAUAUCUGAUGAGGCUUCAAGACACAUGCCUGAUACUUGUGUAAUUAGAGCUAUACAAAAAAUCAUCUGGGCAUCAGGAUGUGGGGCAUUAGAUUUGGUAUUUAGCCCAAAUGAAGAAAUCACAAAAAUUUAUGAGAUGACCCCCAGUGCAAGCAGUGAGCCAGACAUGGAGGAUGAACAGGUUUGCUGUGAAGCAUUGGAAGUGAUGACAUUAUUUGCUCUGAUUCCAACAGCCCUGGAUGCACUUAGUAAAGAAAAGCUGCAGACAUUUAUCAUUGACUUAUUAUUGCACUGUCCCAGCAAAGAACAUCAAGGAUACAUCCCUGGCCCAGAAGCCAGGGAUGCCCCGGAUAAGGGUGCUUCGGUGUUUCAGGUGACGCUGCCGCCUCUGACAAAAACAGAGCCUGAGCCGAGACCUCUUCAACCUCCCCUCUGUCCUCAGGCUCCUCGCAUUCCUCAGCCUCCUCUGGUCAGCCACCUCCUCUCCAACAUGCUCCUCUUAGCCUUGCGGCCAUGGCGGGAUGAAACCGCCGGUGGGCCAGGCGGACAGCCAGCCAGGAAGCCCGCCGGUACGACUCCUCCGCAGUGGCCUCCGCGCCUGGACCCUGGCCAUUUUCUAAGCUGA